GGCUCAGCCCCCAGAGAGGGCGGGGAGAUGACACAGUUGUUCCCCCAGCCCUGGCGGGGCGGGCAGCAUGGUUCACUCCAGCAUGGGGGCUCCAGAAAUAAGAAUGUCUAAGCCCCUGGAGGCCGAGAAGCAAGGUCUGGACUCCCCGUCAGAGCACACAGACACUGAAAGAAAUGGACCAGACACUAACCAUCAGAACCCUCAGAAUAAGACCUCCCCAUUCUCUGUGUCCCCAACUGGCCCCAGCACCAAGAUCAAGGCUGAAGACCCCAGUGGUGACUCAGCCCCUGCAGCACCCCCGCCCCCCCAGCCGGCUCAGCCUCAUCUGCCCCAGGCCCAACUCAUGUUGACAGGCAGCCAGCUAGCCGGGGACAUACAGCAGCUCCUCCAGCUCCAGCAGCUGGUGCUUGUGCCAGGCCACCACCUCCAGCCACCUGCUCAGUUCCUGCUGCCACAGGCCCAGCAGAGUCAGCCAGGCCUGCUGCCAACGCCAAAUCUAUUCCAGCUACCUCAGCAAACCCAGGGAGCUCUUCUGACCUCCCAGCCCCGGGCCGGGCUUCCCACACAGGCCGUGACCCGCCCCACGCUGCCCGACCCGCACCUCUCGCACCCGCAGCCCCCCAAAUGCUUGGAGCCACCAUCCCACCCCGAGGAGCCCAGUGAUCUGGAGGAGCUGGAGCAGUUUGCCCGCACCUUCAAGCAACGCCGCAUUAAGCUGGGCUUCACACAGGGUGAUGUGGGCCUAGCGAUGGGCAAGCUCUACGGCAACGACUUCAGCCAGACGACCAUUUCACGCUUCGAGGCCCUCAACCUGAGCUUCAAGAACAUGUGCAAACUCAAGCCCCUCCUGGAGAAGUGGCUCAACGACGCAGAGACUAUGUCUGUGGACUCAAGCCUGCCCAGCCCCAACCAGCUGAGCAGCCCCAGCCUGGGUUUCGACGGGCUGCCCGGCCGGAGACGCAAGAAGAGGACCAGCAUCGAAACAAACGUCCGCUUCGCCUUAGAGAAGAGUUUUCUAGCGAACCAGAAGCCUACCUCAGAGGAGAUCCUGCUGAUCGCCGAGCAGCUGCACAUGGAGAAGGAAGUGAUCCGCGUCUGGUUCUGCAACCGGCGCCAGAAGGAGAAACGCAUCAACCCCUGCAGUGCAGCCCCCAUGCUGCCCAGCCCGGGGAAGCCGGCCAGCUACAGCCCCCACAUGGUCACACCCCAAGGGGGCGCGGGGACCUUACCGUUGUCCCAAGCUUCCAGCAGUCUGAGCACAACAGUUACUACCUUAUCCUCAGCUGUGGGGACGCUCCACCCUAGCCGGACAGCCGGAGGGGGUGGGGGCGGGGGCGGGGCUGCGCCCCCCCUCAAUUCCAUCCCCUCUGUCACUCCCCCACCCCCGGCCACCACCAACAGCACAAACCCCAGCCCUCAAGGCAGCCACUCGGCUAUCGGCUUGUCAGGCCUGAACCCCAGCACGGGCCCUGGCCUCUGGUGGAACCCUGCCCCUUACCAGCCUUGAUGGCAGCGGGAACCUGGUGCUGGGGGCAGCCGGUGCGGCCCCGGGGAGCCCUGGCCUGGUGACCUCGCCGCUCUUCUUGAACCACGCGGGGCUGCCCCUGCUCAGCGCCCCGCCUGGCGUUGGCCUGGUCUCCGCAGCAGCUGCAGCUGUGGCAGCCUCCAUCUCCAGCAAGUCUCCUGGCCUCUCCUCAUCCUCUUCCUCCUCCUCCUCCUCCUCCUCCUCCUCCUCCUCCACUUGCAGCGAGGCGGCAGCACAGACCCCUGGAGGCUCAGGGGGACCCGAGGCAGGGUCCAAGCCUGAGUGAGGGCCCGCCAUGCCUCCCCUCCCACUCCUCUGACCCCCACCUAGGCCCCCCGCCCGGGAAGAGGGCGAGGAGGCCAGCAGCGGGGACGCAGAGGGACCUCGGAGCAGGAGUGACAAGGGAGGAAAGACCAAAAAAACCCCAACCAACCAAAAAAAAAAAAAGGAAAGAAAACCAAAAAUAAUCACAACAGAAACCAGCUGCCCCAAAGGAACCAGAGGUGAAAAACGAACAAACAAACAAAAAAAAGCCAAAAAGCAAACCAAAAAAUCCCCUACAAAAUCAAACCAACCAAAAACCAGUCUGGAGCCAGACCUCAGUGUGCUCACCCUCACUGCUACGACACCAAAAAGAGCCCCAGCCAGGGGCGGAGGAGCCUCGGCAGGUCGGACCUCACGCCACCGAGCCCUGGCUAUGGGGCCAACCCCAACCCUGCCUCCCCCAGCGGGGGCUACAGAAGGAAAAAGAGAAUAUGCCAGCCUCCUGGCCCCAGCCCCAGCCCUGGGCCAGCGAAGACAGGGCACAGCCUAGGGCAGACGGGCUGGGGCUCGGAACCAGCCGCCAAAUGUUCUUUUCCAGAAGGUGAAAGAGAAAGGGCCUGAACAACCUUACACCAAAUAUUCAGUAGCUUCAUCCAAAGGAUGUACAGAAUUUUUAGCAUUGUGCUCAACAGAAUGUGUCCCUAUCAUGUGUCCCCCCACUCCCUGGCUCCCCCGCUCUCCCCAUCUGGGCAGGGGGGUCUUGCUUUAACCUCCUCCCUCCCCCCAGCCAGGAGAGAGUUCAGGGGGCAGGCCUGGGGAUGACUGCUCAUCCCCUGCUCCUCCCCUUCUUCCCCUUUGAAGGGUGGGCUAGGCCAUUUUGCCAAGUUCUAGCUCUCACAAGUCCCUCCUCAACCCUGUCACCUUCUCGGCUCUGGAAUCUACGCCCUCCCCAGCCCAUGGGAAGGUGGAAAUUUCAGAUAAGAGGGGAUGAGGUGAGGGCAUUCAAGUUGUCUUUUUUUCCAUCUUGUCUGUCAGUUUCCCUGAAAAAAAAAAAAUUCAUAUUCCAGUGCCUAUCCGUGGGAUCCUUCACGUUCUUCGACAUUAACCAAAAACCAAAAAGAGAACUCGCCUCGCUCUUCCCCUCCUGCGCCCCUCUGACACUGGCGAAUGCCUCUCCUCCCCCACAUGCACACACGCACGCACCCCGGUGGUGGGGGUCCUCGAGAUGGCAUCCCCAUCAGGGUCCCCGUGGCAGGGACAGUGCCAUGACCUGUGGUCCAAUCCAAGAGGGCACGGUGGUGGCCACCACUUCCACGAGACCUCCACCAGUCUUGGCUGACCCCCGUGUGUGUCCAACCCUGGACGCACCUCAGUGGGGCACGGAGGAGAGACGCCGCCGGGAGCCACCUCGCCCUCCUGCUGUUGUGGAGGCCAACGAAGUUUUGAACCAAAAAAACAAAAACAGAAAACCAAACAAACAAUAAAUUUAAACUAGAAAAAAAAAGAAUUUAUAGAUAUAUAUAUAUAUAUAAAAGGGAAAGAAGACAAGGACUCUUUGAGAAGAAGAAGGAGCCGCGAGGUGGAGCCAAGCCCUUGGUCCCCAAGGCGGAUGGAAGGACGGAUGCUUCUUUCUCUUCACAAAUACCUCAUGGACGUCGUCUUUGGGAAAGCCGGAGGGGGCGGCUGGGGCAGGGCCUGUCCCUGGGCCAGGGCGGAUGGAAGCGAGUGGGCAGGGCUGAGAGAGGGUGUCAGGGACAGGGGUGAAGAGCCCCAAACUCCCCGCCCCCCCCAAUCAACUGAAAAAGCUUUAAAAAAAAAAAGACAGGAAAAAAAAGGAGUAAGAGCAAAAAGAAUGGACGAAGGAAAACUAACAACUUUCGGGUGGUUUGAUUCUUCCUUUGAUUUCUUUUUCUGUUCUCUUCUGUCCUCUCUCCUUUCUGUCUCUCUCUUCUUUCUCUCCUUUCCCUCUCCUUUCCUCUUCCUUUGCUCUUCUCUCAUCUCUCUCAACCUCAUUCUUUCUGUGUCUCUCCUCAAACCAAAGUGUCGCUGUGAAGGACGGGAGCCAUUGAAGUCUGAGUGGAGCCCAGCGGCCGCUGGGCCGGAGCAGAGGGAGGGGAAGCCGUGUGGCUUCCACUUUCUGCUGGACACUCGGGGGAGAGCAAGACGGAGCCCCAGGCCUCAGCGUUCUCUUUUUUUCUUGUCUCCUUUCUCCCACCCGGGAAAUGAAACUGUUGGGCUGGGCCAUGGAGGCAGCAGAGACUCGGCCGUGGCAGGGACCUCCGGGUGCCUUCUCUGGGCAGUGGUGGAGUGGCCGCCCCCCCACCCCUGGCACCAAUGGGGCCUGGCACCAUGUCCACCCAUCCUCGCCGGAAUGUAAGCAUCUCUGCCGAACCAACUCCCUGCCCUUACCCUACCUCUGAGUUUGUCCAUGUUUAUUUCCUGAAGAGAGAAGGGAUUGGCGAGAGGGCCUGGGCCCCAGCCCGAGGGUGGAGAGGGGGCCAAGGGCUCCUGACCAGAUAGGAAGGACAUUUGAGCAGAGCAAAAUGAAAGGAAUUACAACCAAAAACCCCCUCCGAGAAGACAGGCAGCAUGGAAGGCAUGGUGGAGAUGACUCAAACAAAAACUAUGAUUCUAGACCAAAAAAAAAAAAAA